UAAAACAGCCAAAGCACGAAUAUUGGGGGUUGUGGCUAGAUCAGAUACUAGUUUUGUCGAGACUGCAAAUUUGUCAGGAGAGUUUGAGAGACAGCUUGACACUUGCGUCAGCAGUUUACAUGAAUAAAACAUAGAACAAUGGCUGUGGGUGUUUUGAUGCAUUUCAUACACCAACAUAGAAAGAGGGGGUGAGAUGGCCACAAAAGGGCCACCCCUUCUGGGCCACAAAAAGGUUUGUACCAGCCCUGCACCAUCUAAACAGACUACAUUUCAUCAUUUUUUCUUUUAACUUUGCUUGCCUUUACAGUGAUAGAAAAUCACAGCAUUAUUUAGGUUAAGUUAUGUGGAGACUACUACACCUUGCAUUGUGUUAAAUGGUUGAUUCAAUAGGCCUAAUAAAUCCCUAAUAGUCCUUCCAAACAGGGCCCCCUCUAGGACAAAAUCCUCUGGAAUGGUGAAGCCAGGGUGCUUUGUCUGAUGUGGAUCUAUUUUGGGGUCAUUAAUAUGAACUAAAAGCUCGAGGACCCCCUGGAGAGCACAGGUCUAUUAUUACCUAUUAUGGGACAUGUGCAUGCUAUUAUACUGAGCGACUGGGCGUUCUUUCGCCGGCGCUAGGAUCCAGAGGAAUAACCUCUCUCUUUCCUCUCUCUCUCCCCCUCUCUAUCUCUCCCUCUCUCCCCUCAAGACUGUUUUAAAGUCUCUGCCAGACUUGGGCUAACACGCUACUUCCUGGAUGGUCGGAGGAAUGGAAAGCUUCCAGCGUCUCUCCACCACCAACACCGACUCUCCCCUCUCUGUGUGACCGACGAGCGUUGCCUCCCCCGCCGUAGCCGCAGGAGCGACGACGCGCUGUGUGGACCGUCGCUGCUAGUCUCUCUUAACCCGCUUCCCCCUGCUGCAUAUACACGCUCCUCCAUAACCAUUAGUAUCCUAGUGUUAUGCUAAUAUCCGAGAAUAUCGGGGGGAUUUUGGGACGGAAAUACUCUUUACUGCACCUCUAAGAAAUUCUCCGCCUUCCACCUCCUGCGUGCCCAGUCUCCGUCUCCGCUGGUUCUCCGGUGCUGCUUUUUACGCAGCAAAGGCGUCGCUGGUUUGCCCGCAAAAGGGAGAAACUCAACAGUUGUUGCUGCUUAUUGUUUGCAUGUCGACGUUCAUAUUACUACCAUGUGGAGGCCACUGCAAUCGUGUUGUUGCUGCUGGUGGAUUUUCUCUCUCGUUUUGUCAGCAUUCAUGCUCCUCUGGGCCGAGUGUCAUCCUGCACUGACAGGAAGCCAGUCCCAAGCCCCUAUCCUAGGCCUUCGCAAAGCCACACCACGGACACGACACCGGAGAGCCGCCACCGAGGAGACCUACUGGGCCUACUCAGGUAUAUAUGGGCCAGACGAGGGCUGGGCAUCAGCCUACACAGAAUGCAGAGAGAGAAACCAGUCACCAAUCAACAUUCUGGACCAGGAUACCAAAGUAUCCACAGAGUAUCAGGAACUGACACUGGAGGGCUUUGAUACUGAAUCCUCUAAUAAGACAUCUAUGAAGAACACGGGCAAAACAGUGGCCAUUAUGUUGAAGGAUGAUUACUUUGUUCGAGGAGCAGGCCUACCAGGGAGGUUUAAGGCAGAAAAAGUGGAGUUUCAUUGGGGUCCGAGCAAUGGAUCUGAAGGCUCUGAACACAGCAUCAACGGCCGGCGUUACCCUGUGGAGAUGCAGAUCUACAUGUACAACUCAGAUGACUUCGACAGUCUCAGUGCAGCGCUUAGGGAGAAGAGGAUCAUUGCAGCUAUGGCUGUGUUUUUUCAGGUGGGAGGGAAGGACAAUCCUGCUGUCGACCCCAUAAUCCACGGCCUGAAGGGUGUGGUCCAUCAUGAAAAAGAGACUGUCCUGGAGCCAUUUGUGCUGAAGGACCUGCUGCCGUCCUCGCUGGGAAGUUACUAUCGCUACACCGGUUCUCUGACCACUCCGCCCUGCAGUAAGGUGGUGGAGUGGAUAAUCUUCAGCAGACCUAUCUAUGUGUCCUACAAACAGUUGGAGGCUUUCUACUCGAUCUUCACCACGGAGCAGCAGGACCAUGUUAAAUCUGUGGAGUAUCUGCGCAGCAACUUCAGGCCCAUUCAGAGCUUGGACAACCGGCAGGUCUUCAAGUCAGCAGUCAAAGACGCCUGGCUGCCCGACCUGACUAACAGCGGCAGCGUGCCAUAUGGCACGGAGGCUUCCAAAGUAUGCAGCAGCGCUCCCAUCAACAUGAAGGUGCAGCAUGUGAAUGGCAGCGCUCUGGUGGUACGUUGGGCUCGUCCGGAGGUCACCUACCACCCACCCAUCCUCCACUUUCUGGUGUCCUACAGCUGGACGGCCCACGACGACAGCUAUGAGGAGACGCACCUCACUGACGGCAAACACAAACUGGAGGCCAUCAUUUCUCCCGUCUCCCCUGAUGUGCUGUACCUGUUUAGAGUCCAGGCCGUCUGCAUGAAUGACAUGCGCAGUGACUUCAGUCAGAGCAUGCUCUUCAGAGCAAACACCACCAGGAUUUUUGAGGGGACGAGGAUUGUGAAAACUGGAAUGGUAAGGGAAGCAGAGCCGACGGUGUCUCCAGCCUCCUCAGCCGACAUGGCUCCCAUCUCCUCUGGUUCAUCUACUUGGACCUCUUCGGGCAUCCCCUUCUCCUUCGUCUCCAUGGCGACAGGAAUCGGCCCGUCCUCCAGCGGUAGUCAGGCAACAGUGGCAUCUGUGGUGACCAGUACUUUACUGGCUGGCCUGGGCUUCAGCGGCGGUGUCAUCUCCUCCUUCCCAAGCUCCGUUUGGCCAAGCAGAGCACCAACUCAUAAUCCCACCUUUACACGCCAGACCAACGAACCCACCGAGCCCGCCAAAGAUGCCACCACCUCUACCUCUGUUGUCGCAGAAAAAGACAACAGUGAAGGUGGUGGUGAGGACAGCGAGAAGAGCAAGGGUCAAGGAGAAGACGGAGAGAGAGAAGGAGAGGAUAAGGAUGAAGAGGAGGAAAAAGAAGAGAAAGACGAGAAGGAGAGGAAGGGAUCAAGAGGGGUGGGUAAGGGAGUGAGGAAUGACAACAGCACAGCAGUGAAUGCGGUGCCCAGCGAGACACCAGACGCCACUGCAAAGGAGAAAGAACAGACUGAACCAGAUCCAACUAACAUACCUAAUGUAGAAGACCAACGCAAGGUGUAUACCCAUAAUCCACUUGACUCCAACCCCACUACCACCACAAAGGCAGCCAAUGCAUGUGUUGCGGCAGCAUUCCCUGCCCCCAAGUACCCAGCAGCGUCACUCAGGCCCAGCACAGGGGGGAACAAGAAGUACUGGCCUUUCUCCAUCCAUACUGACCGUCCCAGUGCUGUGACCAACCUGACCCAUCAGGCAAGGCCUGGGUCUGGGGCGAGGCUGGGCUGUGUGGAGUGGCUGGUACCUUUGGUGGUGGUUUCAGCUCUGACUUUCCUCUGCCUCGUUCUCCUGUUGGCUGUUCUCGUCUACUGGAGGCGCUGUUUCCAGACAGCUCAUUUCUAUGUGGAAGACAGCAAUUCACCCAAGGUGGUACCCAACGAGACGAUCCCUGUCAUCCCCAUCCCAGAUGACAUGGAAGCCAUUCCAGUCAAGCAGUUCAUCAAGCACAUCUCUGAACACUGCUCAAAUAACCAGCAUGGAUUCUCUGAAGAUUUUGAGGAGGUUCAACGGUCUACUGCUGAUAUGAAGACCACGUCAGAGCACUCCAACCACCCUGACAACAAGCACAAGAACAGAUACAUCAACAUAGUGGCCUAUGACCACAGGAGGGUGAAGCUGAGGCCGCUGGCUGGGAAGAACUCCAAACACACCGACUACAUCAAUGUCAACUAUGUGAAUGGUUAUAAGAAGCCUAAAGCUUACAUUGCAGCCCAGGGACCUCUCAAGUCCACUUUUGAAGACUUUUGGCAGAUGGUGUGGGAGCAACAUACUGGCAUCAUCUUCAUGAUCACCAACUUAGUGGAGAAAGGCCUGGGUGGGAAGGAGAACCCUAAGGCACGGGCCCAGAGUCAACGGACAGUGCUCCAGUAUCAUUACACCCAGUGGCCAGACAUGGGUGUUCCUGAGUACACCCUGCCCAUCCUUACCUUUGUCGGCAGGUCCUCAGCCGCCCAGAUGUCUGACAUGGGACCCAUGCUUGUCCCCUGCAGUGCUGGAGUGGGUCGGACGGGGACGUACAUCAUCAUAGACUGCAGGCUGCAGCAGAUCAAAGACAAGAGCACAGUUAAUGUAAAACUUGGCUUCCGCAAACACAUACACACCCAGCGCAACGACCUAGUCCAGACUGAGGAGCCGUACAUCUUCAUUCAUGAUGCCUUGAUGGAAGUCAUUUUGGGGAAAGAGACGGAGGUGGCGGCCAGCCUGCUUCACAGCUACUUCGACAGCAUCAUGACAUCAGGACACAGCUGCCGGACACAUCUGGAGAAACAGUUCAAGUUGGUAACACAGUGUAAUGCCAGAUUUGUGGAACGCUUCAACGCUCAGAAGGAGUGCAACAAAGAGAAAAAUCGAAAUUCCUCCGUGGUGCCAUCGGAGCAAGUGAGGGUCGGCCUAGCAGCUUUGCCCGGCAUCAAAGGCACCGAUUACAUUAACAUCAUGGGUUACUACUGGAGUAAUGAGUUCAUCAUUACCCAGCAUCCUCUGCCCCACACUAUAAAAGACUUCUGGAGAAUGAUCUGGGACCACAAUGCACAAAUUACUGUUGAGCUGCCUGCCAACUAUGGACUGGCGGAGGAUGAGUUUGUGUACUGGCCUAGUCUGGAGAAGGCCAUGGACUGUGAGGCAUUCACUGUCACCCUCAUCAGUAAAGACCGACUCUGUUUGUCCAAUGAGGAGCAGAUCAGCAUACACGACUUCAUCCUGGAAGCAACACAGGAUGACUAUGUAUUAGAAGUUCGUCACUUUCAGUGCCCUAAGUGGCCGAAACCCGACACACCCAUCAGUAGCACGUUCGAGCUCAUCAACGUCAUUAAAGAGGAGGCGGCCACCUGCAAUGGACCAACCAUCAUCCACGAUGAGUUGGGAGCAGUGUCAGCCGGCAUGAUUUGUGCCCUCACCACCCUGUUUCAGCAGCUGGAGAGCGAGGUUGACAUCUAUCACAUGGCCAAGAUGAUCAACCUCAUGAGGCCAGGAGUCUUCACAGACAUUUACCAGUACCUAUACCUAUACAAAGCUCUGCUCAGCCAUGUCAGCACCAAGGAGAACGGCUCAGGUCAUCUGGCCAGAGACAUUAACAGGAUGGUGGCGUCUAUGUCUGAUCAGUCCGACCAGGCAGAGAGCAUGGAGUCGCAGGUCUGAGAGAGGCCCUUCAGGGGGCAGUAGCUGAGCUGAGGGCAUCCCGUGGGUCCAAACUCCCUGCGAGGUCCCUGAGCCCACAAAGGAGGCACUAAACUUUGUAAAACAUCAACUAUUGGUGGACAAGACUUUUUGAGGCCUUUUUGCCAGACUCUUGGUUAAAAUGAAUACCCUGAUUACUUUUUUACACUGAUAAAGUUUUUGAUAUUUAUUUUUUUCGCCAUUUUAUGUCUUAAUGUUCUCCUACUGAAGGGUUUGCACCUGCGUUUUUAAGUUUCACGCCAGCGUUGGUAGGCAACGAGGAACACUUUUCUGUCUUUUCUUGUUUGCACUAUAUAAUGUCAGUAUUACUGCCUAUACUAAAGCUGACUCACUUGGCUUUUCUCCACUCAAGCUCUGAUUUUGUUUUUUAUUUUAUUUUAUUUUUUUGACAUUCCACAGCUUUGGCCCUUAUUAAACCAACUGCUUCUGUGAGAAGAACAUUGUUCUGCCUGCCACCUACCAGUUGAUUUAUGACAGUGGACGGAGGAAGGCACGAACUCUCUGCCUCAGUAACAAAAUGCUGUUAGACUGCAGCGCAGCACAGCGCAGCUUCCUCCACCCUGCUAAUCUCUAGUACUUGUAUUACCACUCAUUUAUCUUGAGAACCAAGAUCUUGGAAACUAUUGCCACAGACAAGUAGUGCUCGUUUUCUAAAAUUAAUUUCCUCUUCACCUUUUUUUGUUUUUGUUUUUUGACUUGUUUUCUUGUCACACUCCCUCUUAUUAGCAAGUCACACCCAUGUUAGAAUACCUAAGGUGGUGUAACAACUGCUACUGUGAAAUGUUAAUAUUAUUUCUUUGUAUAAUUCAUAUUAUGUUUAUAUGGAAAUAUUGUAUGUAUACAUAUAUAAAUAUAUCCUUAUAAUAACUUUGUGAUUUUUGUACAUGUCCUUUUGUGGCCUACAGCCUCAGGCCGGUUAAUUUCCACCACGUCCAAUAGUUUACCACUCCAGUACUCACAGCUGAUUCCCAGCCAUCUGGAAGUUGACUCCCUCAGUCCUCUAUGUUCUUGUAUCUUGUAUGCUGCUAUGUCAUCUGAACUCACACAUACACAAAUACAGACAUACAAACGCCACCAGUAGUGAUUUUACAUUUAAAACAUUUGAUAAACUACAACAGAUGAUACAACAACAUGACAUUCCCCAUGUUUUUGAAAAUCAAGUUUUUAAAUGUUUUUUUUUCAGUCAUAAAUUCAUUCUGACGGACAAGCAUGGAUUAAGAACACAGAAGCCUGUAUGUGGAGCCCCCAUUUACUCACAUGCACCUGUGUGUGUCAUUACAGGGUUGAAUCAGUAUGAUCUGCAGUGGAACAGCAGACUCAAACAAGCUCUAUGCAACAAGUGAGUUAGGUUUUAGAAAUCUGACACAGGGUUUAAAACAGUCUUUGGGUUCUCAGUGUUAGCCAGUGCUUUGACUACCACAUCUGUUUGUAAUUUAUUUUCUGAUGAAUCGCAACAAGCUGCUGCAUUUUCCAUCUGUCUGUGACCUCUGUAGGGUUAUAUAUGAAGAGCUAGAGUUUAAGAAACAUGCUUUUUGAUUCUACUUAUCGAUUCCUGACUUCUUGACUUGAAAUUUGGAACUGCUCAUCCACACAACAUGUAUGAACUCCCAUGUAUACUGUUUACAAUAUGGUGGAUGAGAGUUGAUGCUCAAAGGUGUGGCAAAAUUUCAUAAGACAGUAGUGUCAACAUGUCAAAGCAUUUCCUGUUGCAUGGAGUAGCAUUGUUAAUGUCCCCAGUCAUUGUCAUAAUGUCCCAGAAUCAGUGAAUGCUAAUGAGUCUAGCACAAGUUAAUAAAAGUGGAAAACACUCAGUAUUCAACAUUCAAGUUGUGCUUUGCAAGAAUAUUUACAUUUCUUUAUUUGAAUUCAAAAGAACCACAGAAUGCCUGAUCAUUGAUGAUACAUUGUUAAUGGCUGCUUAAAUGUGUUGAAAGUAAAGGUUGUAUUUGCUCUCAG